AUGGCUGACGCAGAUGAGGACACCAUCCGUGGUCCCUCGACUGGAGCAUCCCAGGCCGAUGUUGAUUUGUCUGACGAAACUCAAGAUUUUCGCCUCCUCAAUCAACUGAACACUCUCAACUUCCUCACCGACUCAACAUCCACUGGUCUACCUCGCCGGGGCGAAAAGGACUUCGAACCCAAUCCCACCGAGUUUCAAGCCGAUGUCCUCUCCGCCUCUCGCCAGGCCAUGCACAAUGCGCUCUCGCACCCCCGCUUGCACAAUCCCAAAUCUCAAGUCGUGGCCUACUAUGCGCCCGAUGGACCAGCUCCUCCACCGAACGUAGACCCUUCGCAGGCAGAUAUUCACCUACCUGGCGGCAAGGGCGCCAGAAUCUCUCCAGCUGCAUGUGUUUGUGCGCCUCGCCCGAAGGGCCAGUUCUUUCAGAAUGUUGGGCAAGCGGACCGAUGGAAUCGGGUCUGGCUUCUACCGGAAGAAGCUCUCUACUACCUUGAGCGAGGCACUUUAGAUAUUCGCUGGCCCACCUCCAUUACGGGAUCCGCAGAUGAGAAUGGCGACAGUGAAGAAAAUGGGUUAUCGAUCCCGAUGAGUCUUCAGGCAGCAUACGCGACUUUCCUUGGUCGAGCUGGCCUGACGCUGGAGCGGUAUUCUGUCUAUACCGGAUUAAAGCGUCUCGGUUAUACAAUUGUUCGUGCGCCGGGAUGGGAUGAUUUUGAGGGGGACAACUCGACAAAUGAGUCCAGAAAGGACGCAUACACCGAACCCCAACAUCGGGGUCCAGGUCUUGCAGGUGUUUUCAGCCGGCUAUUUGAUUGGAUCCGCGAUCCUCUGUCUACCUCGUCCACGGUGGCUGGCCCAGUCGUUGGAUGUGGCAUUCAUCGCGAUUUCGCCGAUGUAUACCGCAGACUUGCCAUAGUCCCCUGGUACGACCCAACUCUCGCAACAGAAAGAGAUCCCCUCGAUACUAUCGCGCCCUUCCGUGUCGUCUUUCACGUCUAUAAACCCUCAAGCCAGAUUAAAAAAUCCGCCCUUCCUCCCCCAGACUUUCGUAUCGCCGUCGUCAAUGCCCGUGAACAAACAUCCAUUCCUACUCUCCCCCAGCUAGGCGCUCUCCUCGAAAGCACCCCAUUAGAUCCCCCGCGCGGUGAGAAAAUGGAGCGAAUGCUGUACAUGCGCCUGCGGCAUGGGUACCGCAACGUUAUUCUAGCAGUGGUGGACCAAGGCGUCGUGAGUUAUCUACGCAUUGCGGACUCUGCAUUCGGAAAGGAGAAACUCUAUAACGUUAAGCAUAACACAUCCGGCCAGAAGCGGAACUAUCGUGGGAAAAAGCGAUGA